CCAACACUUCAGAGUCUUUGGCUGAGAUCAAGGGUCAGCAAACUCCAGCCUAUGGGCCAAAUCCAGCCCACUCCUUGUUUUUGUAAAUUAAGUUGUAUUAGAAUACUGCUAUGCCCAUCGAGUCUGUGACCACUUACAUUCUACCAGGGCAGAUUGACUCCAGAGAUGGCUGCCCAAUGCGUUACGAAGGUGGAGCUGAAUGUUUCCUGUGACAAUCUUUUGGAUAUGGAUGUAGGGUCAAAGUCGGACCCUUUAUGUGUGUUAUUUUUGAAUACGAGUGGUCAACAGUGGUAUGAGGUUGAUCGCACAGAAAGGAUUAAGAAUUGCUUGAAUCCCACAUUUUCCAAGACAUUUAUUAUUGACUACUACUUCGAAGUGGUUCAGAAAUUGAAAUUUGGGAUUUAUGACAUUGACAACAAAACCGUAGCACUGAGUGAUGAUGACUUCUUAGGAGAAUUUGAAUGUACCCUUGGACAAAUUGUUUCCAGUAAGAAGCUAACUCGACCACUGGUGCUUAAAAAUGGCAGACCUGCGGGGAAAGGGAGCAUCACGAUUUCAGCUGAGGAAAUAAAGGAUAACAGAGUGGUCUUGUUUGAAAUGGAGGCAAGAAAACUCGACAAUAAGGAUCUAUUUGGAAAGUCAGAUCCCUACCUGGAAUUCCACAAGCAGACAUCUGAUGGAAACUGGCUAAUGGUUCAUCGAACAGAGGUUAUUAAAAAUAACUUGAAUCCUGUUUGGAGACCUUUUAAAAUCUCUCUUAACUCCCUGUGUUACGGAGAUAUGGACAAAACGAUCAAGGUAGAGUGCUAUGAUUAUGAUAAUGAUGGGUCACAUGAUCUCAUUGGAACAUUUCAAACCACCAUGACAAAACUGAAAGAAGCCUCCAGAAACUCACCUGUGGAAUUUGAAUGCAUAAAUGAAAAAAAGAGACAAAAGAAGAAAAGCUACAAGAAUUCAGGUGUUAUCAGUGUGAAACAGUGUGAGAUCACAGUGGAAUGCACAUUUCUUGACUAUAUCAUGGGAGGAUGUCAGCUGAAUUUCACUGUGGGAGUGGACUUCACUGGCUCUAAUGGUGACCCAAGGUCUCCUGACUCCCUUCAUUACAUCAGCCCCAAUGGUGUUAAUGAGUAUUUGACUGCUAUCUGGUCUGUGGGACUGGUCAUUCAAGAUUAUGAUGCUGAUAAAAUGUUUCCAGCUUUUGGUUUUGGAGCUCAGAUACCUCCUCAGUGGCAGGUUUCACAUGAAUUUCCAAUGAAUUUUAAUCCAUCCAAUCCCUACUGUAAUGGAAUCCAAGGCAUUGUAGAGGCAUAUCGGGCCUGCCUUCCUCAGAUAAAACUCUAUGGACCCACUAAUUUUUCUCCAAUCAUAAAUCAUGUGGCCAGGUUUGCUGCUGCAGCCACCCAACAACAAACAGCUUCUCAAUAUUUUGUGCUCUUAAUCAUUACUGAUGGUGUGAUAACAGACCUUGAUGAGACCAGACAAGCUAUAGUUAACGCUGCCAAGCUUCCUAUGUCAAUCAUCAUUGUUGGAGUAGGAGGUGCUGACUUCAGUGCCAUGGAGUUUCUGGAUGGUGAUGGUGGAAGUCUCCGCUCCCCGUCAGGGGAGGUAGCCAUCCGAGACAUCGUCCAGUUUGUGCCUUUCAGACAGUUCCAGAACGCUCCAAAAGAAGCACUUGCUCAGUGUGUCUUGGCAGAGAUCCCCCAGCAGGUGGUGGGCUACUUCAACACAUAUAAACUCCUUCCUCCCAAGAACCCAGCUAAGAAAUGAAAGGAGCUAUGGCUGCCUGAGCAGAAUUCUUUUGUAUGGAGCAGUGGAUUCCUCUCCCACCCUGAAUCAUGAAUCUGUUAUUUUACAUGCUUUUCUUUUCAUUCCCAGCAUUUUUUAUGUAAACCUAGUUCUCUAUGGGUUAUAUCUAUUUAAAACAUUUUUAUUCCUUUUUUUUUUUUUUCUUUUGAGGAAAGUGCUAAGUUAAUCUUUGCUCAAUCAAUGCAGUGAUUUUAGUGACUUGCAGUGACACUAUGGAGAUCAGAAACUUGUGUGAGAAAAGUUGAUUUGGUAGUUGUGGUUGUUUAAUAUGGUGAAAAUACUGUUUUUGAAUGUUUUUCAAUAGAAUGAAAAAUUGCUGGGACGUGAUUUAUAGGUAGCUGUACUUUGUUCUAGGCAAUAUAUGUUUUACAAGCCAACAUAAUCAUACUCGAUGACAAGAACUUCUUAAAUUAGAUGAUAUUGAAUUUGUUCCUAUACCUGUAUUCAGUGCCUUUCCAUGGGAUGAAACUGUUCCCUUUUGCCUGAAUUUUGCUGCACUUUAGAUAUUGUAGUUUACAAAAUAGUAUGCACUCACUUAGGACUUCUUAAAAAAUACUGAAUGAGAAGGGAAGGCACAUAUCCAAUUCUUAAAAUGUACAAUCAACAAGUAAAAGGAACCUCAUAUAAGUAAGCCAUUUUUAUUUGCCUUUCUGGAUCUUUUAUUUUCAUUUUGGAAUACUGUAAACAUGGUCAGAUUUGACCUUUUCAUUUACUGUAUGUGACAUUCAGGAUUCUGUAUCUGCAUAGAUGAUGGGCUGUCCUAGAUUCGACCUUAUUAGGGUAUUUUAAUUGGAGUUUGCUAAAAUGGUUAGGACUGCUUUGUCCAGGAAAGCUAUGAGGACCAAAUAUAUAAAGGGAAAUUCAGAAUCCAUUUCCUUUUAACUAAUGAAAUACUUAUUUAAGAAAAACCUAAUUUUUAUAUUUUCCUUACUAAGCUCUCACACAUUGAUUUGUACAUUGGUGCACAUUCAUUUAGACAUUUUCUUCCUUUUUUUAAGUAACAUUUUUAGUCUGAUUUUUAAACUUAUGAUAGUGGUUAUGUAGUAAUCAAAAUCAAAUUUUGCGUUUUAAUUAUAUAUUAUUUCCUAAGCCCAAAAUGUAUGUAUUAAGCAUAAAACCUGUCAUAACUUAAAAAAAAUCUCUUCCUCAUGUAUUAAGAUAGAGUGGACUUUACACACUUUUUUUUUUAGAGUUUUUUUUUCCUGAUUUUUUACCCUUAGAAUAUAUUACUUAUCAAACAUGAUGUUUUCAGAAUAGAUUCAGUAACAUUUUAUCGAAGGACCUGUGUGCCAAGUAUGACGCAUAUUCAUAUGUUGGCCAAUCAUCUCUAACAACUUAACGUUAAAAAUUGUGUGUUUAUCAUAUGUAGCCUUAAGUGGAUGCAUCAGUGCCUUGCUGACAUGCCUUUCAGUCUUACUGAAAACUUGUAUCACAGCUCAUAUUGCUUGUUCUCUGAAAUGUCUAAAGGAGAUGAGCUCUCAGCCAUGAAGAACUUUGGCUUCUUGAGAACUUGCCAUGGUCAGGCUAAGAGAAGACCUGCUUGCUGUUCUAGCUUCGUUCGUGUGAGCAGUUUACACUUUCCAACCUAGCUAGCUAACCUCUGUAUAUGUGCUAUUAACCUGAAGGUACCUAACUAGGAGUCUGUUAUUCUAUGGCAUAUCUCAGUUGACAAGUCAUUUUAACAUUAGUUAAGUGAGAAGAAAACUGAUCAUUCUUUCAGUAGUUUGGACCUUUGUUGUCUCAGAUGUCCUGAUUUCAAUUCUCUUUGUAUGCUUGGAAACAGCAUAUAUUUAUAUAUAUAUAGGUAUAUAUAUAUAUAGCUGUGGUUUUCAGGAUUUUUUUUUAACACAUUGAAGCCUUAAAAAAAAUGAUAUACACACAUUCUCAAUGUAUGGUAUAACAGAUAGAAGUAGAGCUUCUCUAGGUCCAGAGCAGGGUCCAGAGCCCUACUCACUGGGCCUCCUCACUCUCCUUAACCAGCUCCUGGCAGCACUGAGUCACCUGUAUUGGGCACUUGGAAACCAUUGGGCAGGAGCUUCAUUGUUUUCAUUAGCCAAGUAACAGUACUUCUAUUUCCAUUGUCAAAUUAUUUUGGUCUUCAUAAUUUUGUAUUCUGGUUUUAACCAGAAACAUUCCAAUUUUUAAAUUAAUUUUAAAAAAUUCAUUCUUGAUCAGGGUCAUCAGUAGAUGCUAUUAUUCAUAAGAAUUGUGAUUCCAGUAAAUGAGGACAAUUGAUGCCUUUUUUGCAGUUUUGAAUAAAAACAUUUACAAUUUCUAAAUUAUCAUUUUGUAAAAUUCUUAAAAUCUUACCAUUUCACUUUAUCACAUAAUGAUUUAAUAUUGUUUUAUGUAAAAAAAGAUAUUGUUUUAUGUUUUUCCCUAUUGUGCCACCAUUCAUUCAAGUGUCAUUAGUUCUUAAAAUGCAUUAAAAAAACAAAACAAGUUGACUUUCACACCUUAUAUAAUCAGCUGUAUUACAAACACAUAUUGGGGUGACAGUGUCCUGGACAGACAUAAUAUUUCUCACAUAUGCCUUUACUGAGAAAAUAAUAAACCAAUUAGCUUGGCCAUGUCACCUUGUGCUUUGAAAUGAAAUUUUUAAGAUCAUAAGUUUUCAAAGUCAGAUCAGGGAUUUACAACUACAAUUGUUUUUUUGAUAGUGCCUUAGGCAGCCUUUCCAGAGUAAAUUCUGGGCCCCAUUGUUGUUUAUGCUUUAUUUCAUAUAUUUUGCCUUUUUCAUUUUAUAACUUUCCUGGGAAACCAUCUUCAAUAAAUUUUUCCUGCUUUCAUUUGUGUGCGGUUGGUAGUCAUGGGAGUGACAUAUAAGGGAGGCCAGAAGUUUGACUGAAAUUGCAAGAGACUGUUUUGUGCUUUAAUAAUGUCAUACUUGAUAAUAAGUGUAUAAGUUACUAAUAUAUGAAUUCAUGUUAAAUAUAUCUUCCAUUUGAAUUCCUGGCGGAUAAAGUUAUUUCUUAAUGUGAAA